AUGGAUGCGUUCUUUGGAAGUUGGAAACUUGUCAAGAAAGAGAAUUACAGUGAAUACUUGGCAGCCAUCGGUGUUGGAGAGGAACAGAUAAACAUUGCUCUAAUAGUUCAACCAAUUGUAACCUUUUACGAAGAUGCGGAAUUCAUAGUUGUUAAAACAGAGACCAGCAUUCUUACUGGAGAAGUCUGGUUUAGGUUGGGUGAAGAGUAUUUUGAAGUAACCAAGGAUGGCAGACGAUGCAUGAACGUCGUAACCCUGGAUGGAAACAAACUUGUACAGGUGCAGAAGUGGGAUGAUAAACAAACCACGAUUGUUCGGGAGGUCAACGGUGAAAACAUGAUCACGACAUUGACCUAUGAGAACACGGUUUCCACCCAAAGUUAUAAGAAGGUAUAA